AUGACCAAAGAAAGGAUGGCAGGAACCAAAGGCAUAACCCCAGAAUACUCUGUAGAUCCCAAGCGUCUAGGCCCCUUUGAAAUCACGGAAAAAAUCUCAAGCCAUGCGUACCGCCUGAAGCUCCCUGAUACCCUGAAAAUCCAUGUUGUGUUCUACAUAGGGUUACUGUCCAAAGCACACAAGUCUCCUAGUCAGCCGUUCCCAGAAAAACCCCCUCUGGAAACAAUAGAAGGGGAAGAAGAAUACAAGGUUGAGCAAAUCAUUGACUCCAAGCAACAACAGGGAAAAUGGUUUUAUCUGAUAAAAUGGAAGGGUUAUGGGCCAGAAGACAAUUCCUGGGAACCAGAUGAACUGUUGGAACACAGCCAGGAAGAGAUCAAGCGCUUCAACCAAGCUAGACUCAGAAAGGCUUGUGACGCUGCCAAGAGCCUUUAA